UGAAGGCCAAGAAGAAACCUCCAAAAUCCAAUCCCCCACCCCUGAUGGCAUUUCCCCAAAAUUCCCAAACUCAAAGGGCAAUUUCAUAAACUCCAAACUAUAAUACUUACCACCCCCUCCUUCCCAUUCCACCCCACCUUUUCCCCCCCUCUCUCUCUCUCUCUCUCUCUCUCUCUAAAGCCAUCAAAAAAAGCAGCAACCCAAACCCAGAACAAGAACCAUGUCUCUGAUCACAGAGGAGAUCAAAGCCAAGGCAGACGAGUUCUACACGGGAAACGCAAUCUGCCAACAGAAGUCAAAGCAACUCCUCAGAGAAAUGGGUCUGCCCAACGGGCUCCUCCCGUUGGAAGACAUGGAGGAGUGCGGCUACGUCCACGCCGAGGGUUUCGUGUGGCUCAAGCAGAAGAAGAAGACCGAGCACAAGUUCCAGAAGAUCGGGAAGCUGGUGUCGUACGCGACCGAGGUCACCGCCGUGAUCGAGCCCGGGAGGAUCAAGAAGCUCACGGGCGUCAAGACCAAGGAGCUCUUGAUAUGGCUCUCGUUGAGUGAUAUCUACUUGGAUGACCCGCCGACCGGGAAGAUCAAUUUUCAGGUUCCGGCGGGGUUGUCGAGGAGUUUCCCGGUGUCGGCGUUCGAGGUGGAGGAGGAGGAGGUGGAGGUGAAGGGGGGUGGUGGUGGGGUGGGGAGUGGUGGUGCUGCCGUGGAAGUGAAGGAGGUGUAAAACAUGUACACUGGGAUUUACUAGGAACCGGGGUCCUGUAUCUCACCAUGCAGUGAGACAUCUAGUCGUUCAUCUCGAUAAUUAAUGGUUUAGCUAUGUUUAUUAACUCUUACCGGUAAGAGUGUUUCAGCAAAUCUGAACCAUCAAUCACAGUAAUUGACGAUUGAUGUUGCACUACAGGAUAUGCACUACAAGAUCCCCGGUUUUUUUUCACUAUUGGUGGGAAGUUUGUUGUAGUAAGAACUUAAGGUUAACGUUUGUUUUGAGUUUUUAAAUGGGACAGUGGUUCUAAUAAACUUUAUUCAGAAUUUA